AUGUUGCGGCAGGUCUUGCACAGGGGGCUGAGAACGUCUUUCGCUAGACUCGGCCACUUCGUUGCCAGCCACCCGGUCUUCUUUGCCUCUGCGCCCGUGCUCAUCUCCAUCUUGCUGGGGGCCAGUUUCAGCAAGUACCAGAUCGAGGAGAGCGUGGAACACCUGCUGGCCCCCAAACACAGCCUGGCCAAGAUCGAGAGGAACCUGGUCAAUAGCCUCUUCCCGGUGAACCGGUCCAAGCACCGGCUCUAUUCCGAUCUGCAGACCCCAGGGAGAUACGGCAGAGUCAUCAUCACAUCCUUUGUCAAGGCGAACAUGCUGGACCAACACCACACCGAUCUGAUCUUAAAGUUGCAUUCUGCUGUGACCAGGAUCCAAGUACAAAGACCUGGUUUCAAUUACACAUUUGCUCAUAUCUGCAUCCUAAAUAAUGACAAGUCCUGCAUAGUGGAUGACAUUGUACAUGUCCUGAAGGAACUGAAGGCUGCUCGCUUGUCUAAUCAAACUAAUUUUGCUAUCACAUAUCCAAUCACACACUUAAAGGAUGGCAGGGAAGUAUACAAUGGGCACCAGCUUGGUGGAGUCACUGUGCACAGCAAAGAUCGGGUAAAGUCUGCCGAAGCCAUUCAGCUUACCUAUUACUUGCAGGCAAUCAACUCCUUAAAUGACAUUGUAGCAGAAAAAUGGGAAUCCAACUUCUGUGACACAGUAGAACUGUUCCAGAAAUCCAACCGGAAUGUCACAAUAUAUCCUUUCACUUCAUCAUCCCUUCAAAAAGACUUCCAGAAGACAAGUAGGGUAUCAGAACAUUACCUAACCACAAGUCUAGUCCUUGUGGUGAUCUUGGCAAUGCUCUGUUGUUCCAUGCAAGACUGCGUCCGCAGCAAACCUUGGCUUGGCCUCCUUGGCUUGUUAACUGUGACUCUAGCCACUCUCACUGCAGCUGGAAUCAUUAAUCUGACUGGUGGGAAAUAUAAUUCUACCUUCCUGGGAAUUCCUUUCAUCAUGUUAGGGCACGGAUUAUAUGGAACUUUUGAAAUGUUGUCCUCCUGGAGGAAAACUAGAGAAGACCAACAUGUAAAAGAGAGAACUGCAGCUGUGUUCGCAGACUCCAUGCUCUCCUUUUCUCUCACCACUGCCAUGUAUCUGGUGACUUUUGGGAUUGGUGCCAGCCCUUUCACCAACAUUGAAGCAGCCAGGAUCUUCUGCUGCAAUUCUUGUAUUGCAAUUUUCUUCAACUACCUCUAUGUACUCUCCUUUUAUGGUUCCAGCCUCGUGUUUACUGGCUACAUAGAAAACAACUACCAGCAUAGUAUCUUCUGCCGAAAGGUACCAAAACCAGAGGUAUUACAAGAGAAGCCUGCUUGGUAUAGGUUUCUUCUGACAGCCAAAUUUAGCGAGGAUACAGCAGAGUCAGAGGAAACAAACAGUUACGAAAGCCACCUUUUGGUGUGUUUCCUCAAGCGUUAUUAUUGUGACUGGAUAACAAACACGUAUGUCAAGCCUUUUGUAGUUCUCUUUUACCUUAUUUAUAUUUCCUUUGCCUUAAUGGGCUACUUGCAGGUCAGCGAAGAGUCAGACCUCAGUAACAUUGUAGCAACUGCAACACGAACCAUGGAGUACACUACUGCUCAGCAGAAGUACUUCAGCAAUUAUAGUCCUGUCAUUGGGUUUUAUAUUUAUGAAUCAAUAGAAUAUUGGAAUAUGACCGUUCAAGAUGACAUGCUAGAGUAUACCAAGGGGUUUGUAAGGAUAUCUUGGUUUGAGAGCUAUUUGAAUUAUCUGAGAAAGCUCAACAUAUCAACUGGAUUAUCUAAGAAAAAUUUUACUGAUAUGCUGAGGAACUCCUUUCUGAAAGCUCCCCAGUUUGCCCAUUUUUCAGAGGAUAUCAUUUUUUCCAAAAAAUACAAUAAUGAAGUUGAAGUGGUGGCCUCUCGAAUGUUCUUGGUAGCUAAGACCAUGGAUACCAAACGAGAAGAACUCUAUCACCUCCUGGAAACCUUACGAAAGCUCUCUCUCAAAUCUAAGGUGAAGUUUAUUGUUUUCAACCCAUCCUUUGUCUACAUGGAUCGUUAUGCCUCCUAUGUGGGGGCCCCCUUGCAGAACUCCUGUAUUAGUGCUUUAUUCCUGCUCUUCUUCUCUGCAUUCCUGGUGGCAGAUUCUCUCAUCAAUGUAUGGCUCACACUCACAGUUGCCUCAGUCGAAUUUGGAGUUAUAGGUUUUAUGACCCUGUGGAAAGUUGAGCUGGACUGUAUUUCUGUGUUGUGCUUAAUUUAUGGAAUUAAUUAUACAGUUGACAACUGUGCACCUCUCUUGUCAACAUUUGUCCUGGGCAAAGAUUUCACAAGAACUAAAUGGGUAAAGAAUGCCCUGGAAGUGCACGGGGUAGCGAUUUUACAGAGCUACCUCUGCUACAUUGUUGGUCUGAUUCCUCUCGCAGCUGUGCCUUCAAAUCUGACCCGUACACUGUUCAGGUGCUUGUUUUUGAUAGCAUUAGUCACAUUCUUUCAUUGCUUUGCCAUUUUACCUGUGAUACUAACUUUUCUGCCACCGUCAAAGAAAAAAAGGAAAGAGAAGAAAACUCCUGAGAAUCGGGAGGAAAUAGAAUGUGUUGAAAUGGUAGAUAUGGAUAGUACCCGGGUGGUUGACCAAAUUACAACAGUCUGA